AUGUCCGCUUUCAACGAUUACUGCUUAGUUUGCGAGAAGAUAUGUACAAGCAACUCUGUCUACUGCUCUGAAGAGUGUAGAGUAGUGGAUCAGCAACAAACCGCCUCGCCUACUUUGUCUACCUGCCACUCCGUGCAAUCCGCUCAGACGUCAAAUUUCAAUUCGAUCCCAACAAUUAUCUCCCCAGUGUUGGCUCCACAGUACAACUACGUGCCUAUUUGCAAGAAUACAUCUAGCUUGUUGAAGUCGCCACCUUUCAAGGACUUGAGCUAUGAGUCACCUAUGCUUGCUAGUAUAUGUGGUCAGAACGACUUGGACUCCAACAGACUGGAUUUGAAUGCUACUAAGUCAACUGCUCCGCUGAACGUGAACGAGAUACCCAGAUCACAGAUGUAUAGGUCUGCCGCCCAAAACGUGAGCGAUCUACUCUCAAGCUCUCCUGCUUCGGAAAACUACAAAAAAUGGCUUUCUACUCAUUAAGCCGAUUCCGAAAACUUGCAUCUCUACAUCUGCAUUUCUCGAAUGACUUUUAAACUCAUGUCAUGAAAAUCAUCAGGAAAACUGGGUUUUUUUCCAUCAUUGAAACCGCGCUGUUGCCGAAUUUAGGCUGUUUAUAGCGUUAGGUUACGUUAAAAAGAGCAUUAGGUUCUUCAUUUUGCAUUAUACCACUCAAAGCAUAUAUAGUUAAGCAACUAAAUUUACGUCAUACUCCA